AUGGGGGAUAACUUAUAUUUGGCCGCUUGCUCUACGUACGGUGAGAAGGAGAGGAUCCUGUCUAAUGGCACUUGGACUUUUGGGAAUAAUCUAGUUAUCUAUGGGAUGCAUGCACGGGCAGUUCAGAAAAUUGUUGAAACCUUGGGGGAUGUUCUUGAUGUUAAUCUCAUUGAAUCAAGGCCUGGAUGGGGGGAAUAUGUUCGUGUGCGUAUUUCCUUGGAUAUUUGGAAAUCGCUGCCUCCUGGGAAACGAGUUGUUGUGGGUGAUGCCGAGUAUGUUUGGGUCCGUUUUAAAUUUGAACGAUUGCCUCAGUUCUGUUAUUUUUGUGGAAUAUUGGAACAUGGUGAGUGUGACUGUCUACAAUGGAUCUCUGUGAAGGAGGCUAAUGGUACCUCCAAGUUUCCCUAUGGACCUUGGCUGCGGGUAGGGAGUGCUAUUGUGAAAACGAGGCUUCGUCCGGAUUUGUCCACUGAGGAUGGCCCCAGCCAGUCUUCAUUUGUUGCUGUUGAUUGGUUCGAUGAGCUGGCGACGACUAAGGGGGUUGUUUUAGUUUCUCCACCACAGUCGUUGACGGUUGUCGACAAUACUCUCUCGGGCGAAAAUGCUACUGCAGUGUGUUCCAUCCUCUCUGCUGGGAGGCCUGAUGGGCUCGGUAUGGGCUUUGGGCCCAGUCCUUUUUCCACUCACCCGGGUUCGGCUUCUUUAGAGAAGCCCCAAUCAAUCAGCGCCACUUUCUCUUCCCGUAAGGAAAACCAGCCAUUCUCCAAUGUGGGAUGUGCCUGUCGUGCUCGGCUUCCUCGCCCUCUGCUGACUCCAUCUAAGAGGCAGCUGCAUUCUAAAUUUGUUGGCAACUCAAGUAGGUUGGUUCCAUUGAAGAAACAAAAAUCUGGUGAUGAUAAUUCUCUGGUGGAGGCUCCGGUCAUAUCGGCGGAGACUAGAUCUGGUGUUUCUUGGCAUUUGUCUGCAAUUUAUGGUCAUUCAGAGACACCUCUUAAACAAAAUACCUGGAACUUGUUACGUUUACUGAAUGACCAAAUGUCUAGGCCAUGGUUAUGUUGUGGGGAUUUUAACGAGAUUUUGGAUCUCUCAGAAAAUUUAGGUGGUCGGGUGAGGCCGGCUAGUCAGAUGAGGGGUUUUCGAGAUGCGUUGGAUUACUGUCAAUUACGUAGUAUACCUGCUGUAGGUCCUUUGUAUACUUGGAGUAAUUUUCAGGAGGGCCCUGCUCUUGUCCAUGAAUGGCUAGAUUACUUUAUCAACAACAUGGAUUGGUUGGAUUUAUUUCCAAAUUGUCGAGUUUCUAAUCUUCUUACCCCUGUUUUUGAUCAUACCUGUUUGGUGUUAACUACGGAGGUCUCAGUACAACCUGCACCCCGGACAACUCGAUUGUUUAAGUUUGAAUCUAUGUGGGUGGGGGAACAGGGCUGUGAAGAAUCGAUUGCUAGGGCUUGGUUUUUAUCUUCCACCUCUUUAUUGGUGGAUAAAAUCAAACAAUGUAGUCGUCAUCUGUCGGAUUGGAGUAAGCCAUGUUUUGGCAAUGUUCGACAUGAAUUGGCUAAGAAAAGAAAGGAACUGGAACAGUUACAGAGCAUCUCCUUCCCCUCUUAUCCUUUGCAUGAAAUACGAAGGGUCAAGCAUGAUCUUAAUUAUUUGAUGAAGAAGGAGGAAUUGAUGUGGCAACAAAGGUCCUGUGUGCAAUCGUUGGUCGAUGGGGAUCAAAACACACACUUUUUCCAUUUUAAGGCUUCACAACGGCAACGCCGUAACUCUAUUUCCAGACUAAAGGAUGAUAAGGGAGUUAUGCAUGAAGGGUCGACAAUGCUUCAAUUAAUAUAUGAUUACUUUUCCACUCUGUUUUCUACAACUCACCCACUUGAUUUUGAUGCAGUACCAUAG